CAGUGGUUCAAGACACCUAUGGCUGUGUAAAUUGGAAUUUAAAAUUUAUGCCGCUCAAUGAGACUAAAGAGAGCCAGUUGGAUCAACAAGAACGGAUGAAGAUCAUGUCUAAAACAACAAACGUAGACCCAUAAGAACUUAACAACCUUAUGAAAGCAACAUACUACUCUCAACGCAAAGACAUAAAUAACGGAGCAAGCAUACAACAGCUUUGUGAGAACUGGCCUUUUCUCUUUCAAGAGGAUGGAAUAUGUGUACACUUCAAGCAGCUGACUGGAAUUGAUCUGAAGGAGAUGUUCUUUAAAAGCUUGGAUAAAAAAGGACAGCGGCUCCUGAACUUUCUCAAAACAGUUGGUGCAGAAAAGAAGACAAAAUUAAUGCAAGCUGCUGCAAAACUAGAAGUUAUGAGGUGCCAAACUGAGGGAUGCAGUGAAGAUUUGAAAGAUGUGGUGCUUCUUCUGCUUGCCUACUUUGAUGAAAAGGAAGAGGUGAUGUUUCAGUAUGUGGAAGAGUCUUACCCUGUCGAAGAUGUGGAGGUAGACAAGUUACCAGCAACACCCUGCAUCAUUGUCUGCGGAUCUUCCUGCUACGCAUCCAAAAUGUUCAUGCUGAGCAUCGACCAGAAAAUAACAACUCCACACAUUUUUACUUUCAUCUCUGCAUUGUGCAUGAUGUUUGGCAGUUACUACUGUUUUAACAUUCACUACCCUUUGGAACUGGGUUCUACUCUGGAGUUCAUGCAACGGUGCUUCUUCAGCAUAAACCCUGAGAAAGGCACCAAAGUCGAAUCAAGGAAAAACAAAAAACAGCUCCCAGUGAACCCCCGAGUCCUUACACUCAUAGCAGACCUUGCUGAUCACGAAUGGAGAGCAGAUUAA